ACCACAUGAACUCAGUCCUCCUAUAUACCAUUGUAAGCCUCAUAUUCACAAAAAGAGAGAUAAAUACAAAGAAACCUCAUAUAUAGAUCUGAUCUGAGCUGAGCUGAGCUAGCUAGACACCAUUUUUAACACAACAUAAACUCGAUAUCGAGAAAGCUUAGUUGAACUGAUGGCGGGCAAGGAGCGUUCUCUAGAGGAAACGCCAACAUGGGCUGUUGCAGUGGUUUGCUUUGUAUUGGUUGCAAUAUCAAUACUCUUGGAACAAGCCCUUCACUUUGUUGGACAUUGGUUGAAGAAGAAAAACAAACCAGCACUAUGUGAAGCACUUGAGAAACUUAAAGCAGAGCUGAUGGUGAUGGGAUUCAUAUCAUUGCUGCUAACAGUUGGGAAAGCGCCCAUUUCAGGAAUAUGUGUUUCUGAGAAAGUUGCAAAAUCAUGGCAUCCUUGUGAUAAAGAGAAACAAACUGAAUAUGAUGAUAAGUGCAUAAAAAAGGGUUUAAUUACAUUGGUGUCUGCUUAUGGAAUUCAUCAACUACACAUAUUUAUAUUUGUCUUGGCAAUUGUUCAUAUACUCUAUUGUAUUUCCACCCUGGCCAUUGGUACACUCAAGAUGAGAAGAUGGAAGGCAUGGGAGGAUGAGACAAAGACAAUUGAAUUCCAAUAUUAUCAUGACCCUGAGAGAUUUAGAUUCGCAAGAGAGACAUCAUUUGGUCGCAGACAUUUGAGUUUUUGGAGUAAAUCAACUGUUCUAUUAUGGACAGUAUGUUUUUUCAGACAGUUCGUCACAUCUGUGACCAAAGUUGAUUACAUGACCUUGAGACAUGGUUUCAUUGUUGCACAUUUAGCACCUCAAAGGCAGACUAAUUUUGAUUUCCAAAAGUAUAUCAAUAGAUCACUAGAACAAGAUUUCAAAGUCGUCGUGGGAAUAAGUCCAAUCAUAUGGCUUUUUGCAGUCACAUUCCUUCUUACCAAUACCCACGGAUGGUUCUCAUAUCUAUGGCUGCCAUUUAUCCCUCUUAUUAUAUUGCUAGUAAUAGGGACAAAGUUACAAGUAAUAAUAACAAGAUUGGGGUUGAGAAUUCAAGAAACGGGAGAGGUGGUGAAGGGAACCCCGGUGGUUCAGCCAGGAGACGACUUGUUCUGGUUCAAAAACCCUCGUCUCCUUCUCUUUUUCAUCCAUUUAGUCCUCUUUACCAAUGCCUUUCAAAUUGCUUUUUUCAUUUGGAGUUGGUAUGAAUUUUCUUUGAGGUCAUGCUACCACCAGAAGCUUGAAGAUAUAAUCAUAAGGCUCUCAAUGGGUGUGAUUAUUCAAGUUUUAUGCAGCUAUGUCACGCUUCCUCUUUAUGCCUUGGUAACACAGAUGGGAACAUCAAUGAAGCCAGUCAUAUUUGGGGAUAAAGUUGCAACUGCCUUAAAAUCAUGGCACCACACAGCAAAAAAACACGUAAAACACGGCAAUUCAGAGUCCAACACACCGUUCUCAAGCAGACCAGGGACUCCCCUACACGGAAUGUCACCUGUCCAUCUCCUACGGGGACAACACCGCUACCACGAUGCUCCUGGAGCCGGCAAUGACAGUCUUCAAGCCACCCCGAGGGCGGCGGCCUCUAGUUAUGAUCAUGAUAUUUGGGAUGAGGUCGAGACAAGAUCCCCACACGGGGUUCAUGAUGCAGAAGGAUUCGUUGUGAGAGGACAAAAUGUUGAUAGCGAUAAUCAACAACGACGACAAACCGAGGCUGCAGGAGCAUCCAGCCAUGGUCAAAAGGAUCAACAUUAUAUUGAUAUCCAUUCGAAGGACUUUUCGUUUAAUAAAGAGGAGAUAUAAUUGUUUUUUUAGUUUGUUUCUUAAUUAAAAUUGACGAUUGUAACUGUAAUUAUACGGGUAAGUGGGCAUAUUACCUUUCCAUGUAUACCAAUGUUGCAUACUUACAUUGAAAUGAAAAGUAAUAUAUAUUUCAAAUAGGCUAAUAAUAAUUAUCAACAUUUUUUA